CACUGAAGGAGGCAGUGUGCCGUUUUAAACUCGGACGUCUCAAUGCGACGUGAUUUUUAACCAGAUGAUGUCGCUGUGUUACCAAAUAAUACAGCAGUCAUUCAUGUUCACGGUCAUGCUCUGGCUUGAAUGAAAGCAGCGCCGUUUUUUCACUUCCACUCAAUGAAACGACUAGAGGAAAGUUAAAUAUAUACAUCUCGUUUCAAGCUCCAGUUACAGUAUCAGAAAAAACAAGUGUAUAAUGUAUGCUGUGUCAAUUCAAAGUGCCAUGCCGUGUGUUACAUAGUCGUUAUUUACAUGUCAUAAAAACUACUAUUCCCAUAAAUCCACGGUGGUGUGUGAGCCAAUCAGAUGUGAUAGAAAAGGUGUUGCCUUCGAAUGCCCUUCGUAAUUUGUAUGUUUCUAGGUCAGAGAGGACUCACUUUUAAAGACUAAUUUAAGUAUUCGAAGGGCGAUGUAGGUUUGAUAUUUUUUUCUUGAAUAAAUCAAAUAGUACAAAGCUAACACGCAUAAAAACAAAACAAUCUGUUCUGCAUCUGCAGGCAAACAGCUACUGGCACCAAAUGAACAGUCAAUCUCCAGACUGUCUUUUUGCCACUAUAAUUAUCUCAGCGGCAUCUUCUGAAAUUUUGGGGGUAAAAGUUCCAGCACAAUAACUGAAUUUCAUUACCAACAUCAAAACAAGUCUUUUUAUCACACUGCUUUGAGUAAUAGAAUUUAGUUUUUGACAAAAUCCUCAAAGGUUGAAUGUUUUGCAAAGACACAGUAGUUAUAGACCAUUUUCACAGCGCACAGUUUGACUUGUCAACGCAGGAAAAGCACAGGUGUGACCAGUAAUGGUAACUAUGGCUUUUUAUUAUAAAGUGACCCUAUAAGCCAUGUCAGUGAGUGAGCAUGCACACAUCCAGAGCCCUGGAACGAGCUCACCUAAAUGGAAUGCAGCCGGCAUUAAUGUUAGAAAUUCCACCUGUGCCUUGACAAGCCAAAAUGUAUGCCGUGAAAAGGGUCUACAUAGUCAUGUCAGUUUUAUUUAUACAGCCCAUAACCAAAAAGUACACUUGCCACAAGUAGUUUAUGAGGAAAACUGUCAAAAUUUUACAAAAACAAAAAAAGAUUUAAAUGGAGAAAAUCUGAUUAAGAUCUGAUCAGACAUUGUAUGUCAGCAGAUUUGCAACAAAAUCAUCCCUCAGCCUUAGUCUUCGCACUCAAAAAGUCACUCUGAUAUGAACUUAUAAAAUAUCAGUAUGGAUGGAAGUUGCUGUCCCACAAUGCAACAUAGAGCAGCUCACAUCUGAAAAAAUAAGUAAGGUAUGAAAAACAUUUCUUUCUCCCUGUCAAGUUUAACUGAGUAGCUUUUCAAAGUCAAACUUUGGUAGAUUAAAAUCAACAUGGUGUGUGUAAUUUCUUUUAAUACAAAACUGCAUAUAUAUACAGACAUAACUAUAUAUAUUAUUUCUGUUAAUGUUUACAUAUUUUAAAACAUGUUGUAUGGUAGUAAUGAGAUACUGGCGUGUCUAAGUAAAGUGUUUCCGACAGCACUUGAAGGCAACACAACACGUGAAACGUGCUCUUGGCCGCGCCCCUUCAUAGUAGGGCGGGGAGAAGCUGUCUGUGGUUUCUGUUGAUGUCAAAAAGUUACACAAGCAAGGUUUUUACAGCAGGACUGUUUCACAACUGCGAACGAGGCUUCACACCUUGACUCACCACCUGCUGCUCCCGGUUGCACGUGUGGCCUCAGAGCUGUCUCUGGACGUUUUCAUUUUUAUAUGACAGAAAUAUCAAACAUAUAAUCAUUGUGUCAGUGGAGAUUAAUUGAUAGAUCCGUGCACGCCUCCUCUCUCUGGACAAUAACCGCGCUACACAAGCCUCUCUGAGUGACAAGAAGCCGCGGAUGAUUGGGAGCACACCGGGAUUUUAACGCGAUUGUGUCGGUCGUCGGAAACAAGUGGCCCCCUGCCCGUCUGCUUCUUUGCGUUUAUAAUCAGCAUCUGCUUCUUCAAUCACUAGUUAGUGACAUUCAGCACACCGCGCACACCGUGGACACUUGGGCUCUGUGAAGUCUUCAUCGGCCAAACAUAUUUCAGCCAUGGAGUUGAGUUCAGUGAUUUUAACGACGGGGAGCUCCGUCGUGUUUUUCAGACUUGUCAACGCUGGGGUGAGAAAACUCCCCAUGCCUGAAUCUGCCUGCAGGAAUGCCUGGAAAUGGAGGAAUAUCGCUACAUCCUUUGUGCACAGCUUCAUCACUGCUAUAUGGGCAGUGCUUUGCUUCUUCCUUCACCCACAGAUGGCCGAAGAUCUGAUAGAAACUCACUCUGUGUUUUCUCAUGCUUUGGUGUCGUUUUCAAUCGGUUACUUCAUCUAUGAUUUCUGUGACAUGGUGUUCAACCAGAAGCUGAGUCAGUCCUGGGAGCUUCUCUUUCAUCACUUGGUGGUGAUCACCUGUUUCGGCCUCUCCGUGCUGUCUUGCCAUUAUGUGGGCUUUGCUGUGGUGGCACUGUUGGUGGAAAUAAACUCUGUGUUCCUCCACCUCAGGCAGAUGCUGCGUAUGGCCAGCAUCGCCAAAGGCACACUGUACCGGGUCAACAGCAUGAUCAACCUGGGCACGUACGUGGUGUUCCGCAUCAACACGCUGGCCUGGAUGACCCGCUGGCUCGUGCUCAACAGGGACAAGGUGCCCCUCCUGGCCUACACGCUGGGCAGCGUGGGUAUGGCCAUCAUGACGGCCAUGAACAUCGUCCUGUUUUAUCGGCUACUCAGGAGCGACUUUUUGAAGAGCAGCACCCGGGAGACCAAGAAAGAGAAAGAGAUGUAGAGAGGAGGGGAGGAGGAUACACAAGAAGGAUUUUACUCAUAAACACACUCAUUACUGUAUCUUAACACCCUGUGGCUGAGAUUUGGUACCGGUUUGCCUGAAUGUAACAUGCUCAAAGCUCGGAAAUGGAGGGAUCUUUCUUUCUGUCAUACUGAAUACAAACUGUAAUCAAAUGGCCUUUCUUCAAAACACAUCACACAGCUGGAAUGCUUAAAGCUACAUACAGAUGUAGUUUUUAGGCUUCUGUACGUGUGGGGUGCAGUCAUCCUUAAGUGCCAUUAGUGCCUCACUAAUGGUAGAUAGAAGGUUCUUUAUGUGAGCAACACAAGGCCUUGUCAAAUGAGACCAAACCCCUUAUUUUCCCACAGUCUGUUAAAUUUGAGCUGAAUCUGUUAUAAAAUGUAGCUUAUGGUUAAUGAAGACAACCACCAACAACACUCCUGUAUAUUUCUAUGAAAACAUACGAAAUAAAUACAAAAUAUCUUAUCUCAGAAAUAACUUUUUGUUCAGAUAUAUUAUAUACAAACUAUACUGUUGUGGGGUUUUUAAAAGAUAAUAUUUAUUUCCCCAGUUAAAUGAGAUUGGUGUCCAAACCUUCUUGACGUUAAACGCUAGCUCUGCAGAGGUGAAUCUAUCUUUUUUCUCUACCAAAUCUCAACUAAAAAAAACGGCUGCUACCUCAGAAAGCUUGUAACAAUUCUGUACCUCUCUCUAACACAAGCUUUGCUGUCAGUGUUUGGCAGGUUCUUUUGUUCUCAGAAAACAAAAAAAAAUAAAGGAAAAAACUAUAUUCAAAGAUUAUAGAGGAAGGAUAUCCAGCAACUGGACCAGUGGAGAUAAUAUGGUAGUAUAGUAAUGGUUAAAAGCUAAAUAAUUUGUGGCAUUAAAAUAGAACAGAUUUUGCUUUUCUGUUGCCAUUUUAUGCUUGGCCAAAUUGUAUUAAAACGUGUUGGAGAGAGCAUUUAUAAAGCAUGAAAUCAGCGGUAAAUCAGUCAUAUUAUUGAUUAUGAUUAUUUAACCCUAAUCCUUUAAACUGCUUGUACUGUACUGUCCACCAACCAGGGUGUUGUGUUAGUACAUCUUGGCGCAACAAAAAAUCAAUUACAUUCUGACUCAAUCAAUUUCCGAAGUCCCAUCAGCCAUCACCAAUGACAUCAAUUUCCAGUAGCUCAGUUGACUGCUGUGUUUGUGAGCACACUUGAAACCUGUGCAAUGUCAGGAAAACAAAACAUGGUCAACGAUAGCAGAUAUUGCUGCAGUGCCAUGAUUUUUUUUCAUGGCUUUUUUUGUAUUCCUUUAAUUGUCAUUAUUGUUGUAUAGUAGUCUACAAUAGAAGCUUUCAGACAGGCAGAAGUUGUUGUUGUCAUUGUUGUUGUUCUUUUGGCCUUUGGAGGGCAGCAAACUCCUCAACAUUACCUCAGUGAUCUCAGUACAGACAAUAACACCAGAGAUGUCUUUUGUAGCUCUGUGCAUUUGAUUUUGAAGUUGCCAAUAACAGUUGGACACAGAGUGAAUCCCUGAGGUCGGUGUUGGAACAACCAGGUCUGAGAUCUGUGAAUACAACAAAAUGUUAAUACACACGGCUGCUACGAGGCUGCCUACUCUCACUGCUCACAUCAUAGCAUUACAGUCUUCAUAUGGCAUGGAACUAUCUGAUGCCAUUCAUGUUUUUUGUUGUUGCUUUUUGUGUGUUGUGUAAAUUCAUUAUCUGGGGUGUUAAAUUGUGUAUAUUUGUAAUUUAUUUGUGCAAAAACAAAGUUGCGGAUUAAUGAUGAAAUGAACACAAUGUUCAAUGAAUUUCCCUGUUGUGAAACAGUUGAUUAUAGUAAAGCUGAUAUGAUCAUUUUAGUCAUGUUGUUAUGUGGCGUUGUGCCUCUUUGGUUCUUUUUUUUUGUUUGUUGUUUUCCCCAACUAAUAUUCCCAUCAACCAUUAUCUAUAAUGGCAAGCUUGUAGUCAUUUCAUCUUGAAAGUGUUCUUGUUCAAACCCUAAAGCAAGGCUGCCCAAGCAUAUUACAACACGGCCACAUAUUAAGUGAACAGACAUGAACACACUCUACACAGUUAGAGUUGGAGGGAAACAUCAGACACAAAUUGUAGAUUUAUAAUUUGACUCUUUGUCCUCACUGAAGUCAAGACAUCACUGCACUAAAGAAAGGGCACUGUUUGGAGGAAGGCAGUAGAGUUUGGAUUAUUAUCAUUGUGGCUGAUACCCAGUUGCCUUCUUUGUAAGAUCGGGAUUAACUCCCUUUUUGAAUUCAUAUAAUGAAUGUAAAUGUGCAUUGUUUUUGUUUUUUGGGGUUUUUUUUUGUUGUUGCUUUUUUUAUCUUGAUUCUUCAGAUUUGUAGGGCAGCUUAACUUUGUGGUUGUAGUGAAGACGAACUGGUGACAACUGAAGUUCUUUCUAACAAGCAAGUGUAUAUUUGUGAAUGUGUUGUAUAAGGCUGUUAUUGGAAAUAUAGUAUAAUUGUCAUGGUACAAGAUUUGUACAUUAUGUUGCUGUGUGCUUUUAAGAAUUGUCAUGAGACGUCAAGAUGUCUCCUCGUAAGGUCGUAAUGACUCUGAGGAGCCAUUAGCCAAAAACAUCUACCGUUCUGCUCUCCACACUCAUGCAGUUAUGAACUCUUACUGCCAUGCUGCCUCAUAUUUUACAUCGUACACAUGAAUGAGGUUGUUGACUGUAUUAUACCUGUUCCUUUAGCACAACCAACAAAUACUACCGUUUUAUUGCCUUUUUUGUCCAUGUAUACAUAGAUUUCUGCUCUUGCUCUGGUGAUUGGGGAAAUACUGUCCAACAUUAAUUAUUAAAACAUUAAUUCAUAACAACAGUAAAGGCUAUUGAGCAGCUUGACUUUUAUAAAGCUUCCAUUAAGGGGAAAAAACAUGGAAUACUGAAGCCACCGAGACCAACUGAGGUUGAGAGAGCAAAAUCAUCUGUUUUCUCAGAACACAAGCGUAAAUUUAAGUUUUAUUUUUACAUGUUUUGACAGAUUGUUUUGUAAUUGAGACACCAAUUUAUAUGUUUAUAUGAUAACAAUAUUUGUUUAACGUACAAAAUAAAGAUCAAAAGAUUAAA